AUGUCAACGGAUGAGACAAAGAAAACUCCACCCUCUUCACCAACCAAAGCAGCAGAUCCAGAGAAGGAAGAAGAGACCGUAAGUGUACCUCUGGACGAGAAUGAUAUCUCUCUGCAGCCAAGCCCUCUUGCACUCGUCCUUCGUCAUCAAUGGCUUGCGGAGUCUAAAAGUGCCUUAAGAGAGGAGGAAAGUGUUGCCCGUCUGGAACUCCUGCGGGCAUGCCACGAUGAUUUCCUCGCGAUUGUGCGCCAGUCACUCUUCACGCUGCGGAAAGACUCUCUCGCCCUCGCCGCCGUGCAGGAACGGCGGUGGAUGGUCACCCACAUGCAAGACAAACAACGGGUCGUUAGUCAAGAAAAGGUCCAACACAAUACAAGAGCAGAUGUACAACACCCACAUCACACAGUGGUAAAUAAUAAUAAUAAUAAUAAUAAUAAUAAUAAUAAUAAUAAUAAUAAUAAUAAUAAUAAUAAUAAUGGUAGUAAUAAAAAUAAUAAUGGUAGUAAUAAUAAUAAUAACACUAAUAGUAGUGAAUUUGCAGCCGACGAAGACGCCACGACAAAACACCUGUAUCGACUACGUGCGAACAAUGUGCGCCGUAUGACUCGACAAUUGCGGGAGAAGCAGAGACUCGUUGCGACGUUUGCAGAACAUGAAAUGCGCAGAACAAAGGCAGCAGAAAGACGUGAGAAGCUCUUUUCAAUAAGAAGACGUGAACAAGGCAAGAAUAAUGCAACAAUGGAGGACGUAUUCACAAGGAAAAAAGAAGAAGAAUACCACCACCACCACCAACAACAACAACAACAACAACAACAACUGCCGGAACAUCGGUGUAAGACUAUACGUGAUGAAAGGAGGAAACGUGCCCUUGAUUACAGAUCUCGGUUUAUGGAAGAACGUAGAAAACGUCAAGAAUCUAUACAACAAUUGGAAGAAAAUGUACGUGUAUUCUUAGAAGGAUGUCGUACUGUUUUUUUAAAUGGUAUUGUAGAACUACGGGAUACGGCAGCAUGUAUACAUGACAUGCACUGCGAUGGACUUCUGGGGGACGCCAGUGCCGUUGCUCAACAACUUCAGGAAGGUCUAAGCGACAUAUCUGAAGAUCCCUGCACAUCCCUCAAAGUGAAGGAAGAGUGUCGGCGGGAAAAACAGAGACGAGAAGAUCAAAGUGGCACUACCACAAUACCUCCUUCUCCUUCUCCUUCUUUUAAUGCUACUGCUGCUGUUAAUACAAAUUCCAAUGCUAAGUUUGUUGAUGCUUCAAUAAGGACUCCCUGUAAGGGGUCUCAAUGUCCAAUCUCUUUGGCCUUUUCAUCGCCGCUGCAGAAGUCAACUUUAUCGAGCGGCAAAAAGAAGAAAAAGACGGAGAUUACACCUAUACGUGAUACAGAUUAUAUGCGAUUGUGUGGUACAAAAGAGACUUUAAUACUGUCGUUAGCUGAAGUUUCACCAGCAUUGCAUAACGACACUUCUGUGACUCGGCGGUCUCAAUCAUUAUGUGUUUCUCCACCCAACUGGAGGUAA